AUGGCAGAAGCUGUUUACAACUCAACUAUAAAUCACCUCUACCAGCCUUCCCCUCUCCGCAUCCUCAUCCCCCAUCCCCCGGAACAAUCCAUUCUGGAUCUCCAUCAGAUCACGCGGAUCGCCGAAUUCUACCGCUGCCCCGUCAUCCAGCACCAGAAUACGAUCAAAAUCAGCGACCGUGCUGAGACGGUGCGCAAUGACAAGGAGAGUUGA